AUGCUGACACGGGUGCUAUUGCUGGUGAGAAUGUGGACACGGCAUUUACUGGUGCUGAGAAUGUUUUUUACGGGUGCUACUGGUGCUGAAAAUGUGGACACGGUUACUACUGCUGCUGAGAAUACUGACACUGCUGCUAUUGGUGCUGAGAAUGUUGUCACGGCUGCUACUGGGGCUGAGAUUGGUAACACGGCUGUUACUGUGGCUGAGAAUGUUAACACGGCUGUUACUGGUGCUGACGAUGUUGACAUGGGUGAUACUGCAGCUGCAAAUAUUGACACGGCUGCUACUUCUGCUGAAAAUGUUGACACGGCUGCUACUGUUGCUGAGAAUGCUGACACGGCUGCUACUAGUGCUGAGAAUGUUGACACAUGUGCUACUGCUGCUGAGAAUGUGGACACGGCUGCAACUGCUGCUGAGAAUAUUGACAUUGGUGCUACUGGUGCUGACGAUGUUGACACAGGUGCUACUGCUGCUGAGAAUAAUGUUAACACGGGUGCUACUGCUGCUGAGAAUGUUGACACGGAUGCUACUGGGGUUGAGAUUGUUAACAUGGCUGUUACUGGGGCUGAGAAUGUUAACACGGCUGUUACUGGUGCUGACGAUGUUGACACGGGUGAUACUGCAGCUACAAAUAUUGACACGGCUGCUACUUCUGCUGAAAAUGUUGAAACGGCUGCUACUGUUGCUGAGAAUAAUGUUGACACGGGUGCUACUGAGUCUGAGAAGGUUGACACAGGUGGAACUGCUGCUGGGAAUGUUAAGACGGGUGCUACUGCUGCUGACGAUGUUGACACGGGUGCUACUGUUUCUGAGAAGGUUGACACAGGUGCUACUGCAUCUGAGAAUGUUGACACGGGUACUACUGCUGCUGAGAAUAAUGUUGACACGGGUGUUAGUGCUGCUGAGAAUGAUGACACGGGUGCUAUUGCUGCUGAGAAUGUGGACACGGCUGCAACUGAGAAUGUUGACACAGGAGCUACUGCUGCUGCGAAUGAUGACACGGGUGCUACUGCUGCUGAGAAUAUUGACACGAGUGCUACUACUGCUGAGAAUGUUGAUACGGGUGCUGCUGCUAAGAACGUUGUUACAGGUGCAACUGGUGCUAAGAAUGUUAACACGGGUGCUAUUGCUGCUGAGAAUCUGCUAAUAAGAAAUGUUGACCCGGGUGCUACUUAUGCUGAGAAUGUUGACACGGGUGCUAUUGCUGGCGAGAAUGUGGACACGGCUGUUACUAGUUCUGGGAAUGUUGACACAGGUGCUACUGGUGCUGAGAAUCUGCUACUGGGGCUGAGAAUGUUAACACGGCAAUUACUGGGCCUGAGAAUGUUAACACGGCUGUUACUGGUGCUGACGAUGUUGACACGGUUGCUACUGAUGCUGAGAAUAUUGACACGGAAUGCUACUGUUGCUGAGAAUGUGGACACGGUUACUACUGCUGCUGAGAAUAUUGACACUGCUGCGAUUGGUGCUGAGAAUGUUGACACAGCUGCUACUGGGGCUGAGAAUGUUAACACGGUUAUUACUGGGCCUGAGAAUGUUUACAUGGCCGUUACUGGUGCUGACGAUGUUGACACGGCUGGUACUGUUGCUGAGAAUGCUGACACGGCUGCUACUAGUGCUGAGAAUGUUGACACAGGUGCUACUGGUACUGAGAAUGUGGACACGGCUGCUACUGCUGCUGAGAAUGUAGACAUGGGUGCUACUGGUGCUGACGAUGUUGACACGGGUGCUACUACUGCUGCGAAUAUUGAAUCGGGUGCUACUGUUGCUGAGAAUGUUAACCCGGGAGCUACUGCUGCUGAGAAUAAAGUUGACACGGGUGCUACUGAGUCUGAGAAGGUUGACACAGGUGCUACUACUGCUGAGAAUGUUGACACGGGUGCUACUGCUGCUGAGAAAGUUGCUACAGGUGCUACUGAGCCUGAGAAUGUUGACACGGGUGCUACUGAUGCUGAGAAUAAUGUGGACACGGCUGUUACUGAGAACAACGUUGACACAAGAGCCACUGUUGCCGCGAAUGUUGACUGGUGCUACUUCGCUGCUGAGAAUAUUGACACGGGUGCUACUGCCGAGAAUGUUGAUACGCGGUGUUGCUGCCAAGAACGUUGCUACAGGUGCAACUGGUGCCGAGAAUAUUGA